CUGAGCUUCUGUCUUCCCAGGCUUCCACCUGAUCCCGCGUCUCUCCAGCAUCGUGCCCGAGAGCUGCCUGCUGAUCACGGUGGGCCUUCUGGUGGGGGGGCUCAUCAAGUUGGCGGGGGAGAAGGUGCCGCCGGUGCUGGACUCCAAGCUCUUCUUCCUGUGCCUGCUGCCGCCCAUCAUCCUGGACGCGGGCUACUUCCUGCCCAUCCGGCCCUUCAUGGAGAACCUGGGCACCAUCCUGAUGUUCGCCGUGGUGGGCACGCUGUGGAACGCCUUCUUCGUGGGCGGGCUGCUGUACGCCGUGUGCCAGAUGCAGUCGGCGCCGUCGGACCUGCUGAACCUGGAGCUGCUGCCCUGCCUGCUGUUUGGCUCGGUGGUCUCUGCCGUGGACCCCGUGGCCGUGCUCGCCGUCUUCGAGGAGAUCCACAUCAACGAGCUGCUGCACAUCCUGGUGUUUGGGGAGUCCCUGCUGAACGACGCCGUCACCGUGGUGCUGUACCACCUGUUUGACGAGUACUCCUCUGUCGGCACGGUGACGGUGGUGGACGCGGUGCUGGGCGUGCUCUGCUUCCUGGUGGUGGCCGUGGGCGGAGUCCUGGUGGGCGCCAUCUACGGCAUCCUGGCAGCGUUCACCUCGCGCUUCACCUCGCACACGCGCGUCAUCGAGCCGCUGUUCGUCUUCGUGUACAGCUACAUGGCCUACCUGUCGGCCGAGAUGUUCCACCUGUCGGGGAUCAUGGCGCUGAUCGCGUGUGGUGCGGUCAUGCGGCCCUACGUGGAGGCCAACAUCUCCCACAAGUCCCACACCACCAUCAAGUACUUCCUGAAGAUGUGGAGCUCGGUGAGCGAGACGCUCAUCUUCAUCUUCCUGGGCGUGGCCACGGUGGACGGCGAUCACUCCUGGAACUGGACCUUCGUCACCGUCACCGUCAUCCUCUGCCUGGUGGCACGCAUCAUAGGUGUGGUGGGCCUCACCUUCAUCAUCAACAAGUUCCGCAUCGUGAAGCUGACGACGAAGGACCAGUUCAUCAUCGCGUACGGCGGUUUGCGAGGCGCCAUCGCCUUCUCCCUGGGCUACCUGCUGGACAACGACCGCUACCCCAUGAGGAGGAUGUUCCUCACCGCCAUCAUCACCGUCGUCUUCUUCACCGUCUUCGUCCAGGGGAUGACCAUUAAGCCUCUGGUUGAGUUGCUGGCCGUGAAGAAGAAACAGGAGGCCAAGCGAUCCAUCAACGAGGAGAUCCACACCCAGUUCCUGGACCACCUGCUGACCGGGAUAGAGGACAUCUGUGGACACUAUGGACACCACCACUGGAAGGACAAGCUGAACCGGUUCAAUAAGAAGUACAUAAAGAAGUGUCUGAUCGCGGGCGAGCGCUCCCGGGAGCCGCAGCUGAUCGCCUUCUACCACAAGAUGGAGAUGAAGCAGGCCAUCGAGCUGGUGGAGAGCGGCGGGGGCGUCAAGCUACCGCCCUCUGUCCCCUCCACCGUGUCCAUGCAGAACAUCCAGCCCAAGAAGCCCCCCCCAGUGGAGCGAGCCCUCCCCCAGAUCCCCAAAGGGCGGGAGGACGAGAUCCGCAAGAUCCUCCGAGGGAACCUGCAGAAGACCAGACAGAGACUGCGCUCGUACAACCGCCACACGCUGGUGGCUGACCCGUUUGAGGACGGCUGGAGCGACCUGCUGCUGAAGAAAAGCAAGAUGAUCGAGCUGGAGAAGAAGAUCACAGAGAUGAACAACUACCUGACGGUCCCGGCGGCCCCGCCGGACUCACCCACCAUCACCAGAGCUAGGCUGUCCUCAGGCGGCAGGGAAACUGAUCUCAAAGCUGCUGAGAGGCAGAGACAGGCCCCAGAGGCUGCAGACCCCCAGACCUACCAGAUGAAGCAGAUGUCGGACAGCGUGCCGACCAUCCAGGUGGACCUGGCGUCGCCGCAGUCCCCCGACUCCCUGAGCCUCCUGGACGAGCUGCAGCGCGCCGACCAGCGCCGCGAGCUGCGCCGCCGCCCCCCCCCGGACGAGGAGGAGGGCGGCCUGAUGAUGCGGCCCCCCCAGGCCCGGGGGGGGGACCAGGGGGAGGAGGGGGGCCCCAGCGCUAAGGAGCAGCGGCUCCAGAGGUGCCUGAGCGACCCGGGGCCCAGCGCCGAGGACGACGAAGACGAGCCCUUCCUCUCCUGAGGGGAGGGGGAGGAGCCCGGGGGGGCGGAGCCUGAGGGGGAGGAGCCCGAGGGGGCGGAGUCUGAGGGGGCAGAGCCUGAGGGGGAGGAGCCCAGCUUAUCAGCAUUGUUGUGGGAGAGAGGCCUGAUGGGGGCAGAGCCUGAGGGGGGAGGAGCCUGAGGUGGGAGGGUCCUGAGGGGGAGGAGUCCAAGGGAGGAGGAGACUGAGGGCUGGGGGAGGCGGAGCUUAGGGGUGGAUCACGGCAGCUUUAGCUUCGCUCACUCUGAUUGGCCACCGGAACGGCUAUCGACCAACGACCGCGACACUCCACCGACCAAAAAUAGACAAAAUGGAUGCUCAGCGCUAAGCUCAUCGCUCUUUAUUUUUUUAAACCCUGAUUCUGAUAAUGUAGGCUGCUUCCUGGGGGACGGGGGGGAUGCGUGGGGGGGGGGUAAACUAUGCAUUACCAAAUGGUUUGAGUAUCAGACGAUGUCCUGUCCAUUGUGUGUGUUUAAUUAGCCUUGUUGCCAUGACGUUGUGUAGAAGAGCUGUUUCCCCAGUGAGGAACCGGUCUUACUCUACUUUAUUCCUGCAGGACAUUCCUCCCAAUGCGCCUCUGAGUGUAGACACGCCCCUCAUAGGAUAGACACACACCUCACAGUGCAGACACGCCCCUGAAAGCGUAGACACGCCCCUCACAACGAGACACGCCCCUCACAGUUCAAACACAGACUAUGUCCCACAGAGCGGAGAGCUUUGAUUUUGCCUUAUUUCCUGUUGAGUUCUUUAACUUCGCUUCAAUUAUUUCCUCACAGGAUUUUAGUAGCUAGCUUUUGAUGGCUGGUUGGGUGGGGGGAACUAGCCAUUGAUUGGCUGGUUGGGUUUGGGGAACUAGCCUGUGAUUGGCUGGUUGGGUGGGGGGAACUAGCCUGUGAUUGGCUAGUUGGGGGGGGGGGGGGGGGGGAUCUUGUUUCAUUUCGAGAACUAGGAAACCAAACGGUCAAACUUUUCCUUAUUGCCGUCCUCAUCAGAAUGUGUGGAGGUCAAAGGUCACCUCGCGGGCUCGGAGAGGGGACCUUGAGGUCAGCACAGAGCAGGAAGUGAUGCGACCCAAACCUGCUCUCUGAAGCUCUUUACCUGGUGUAAGAUCUACCUUUAAAACCUGUUACGAUUGCUGGGACUUCUGG